UGCUUUCCAUUUAUUAGUUAAAGAACACUUACAGCAUGGAACUUUUACAUCUUUAAAUAACAUCUGGACAUAAAAUAUUCAAUACUCAAUUGUUAAAUUAAUAUGAGGUAUGAUACCUUCUUCCUUUGAACAAUAGUGAAUUAAAAAAUAGCCUGUGUCCACAUCAUCAAACAAAAUAAAGAAAGCAAAGCAGACCUGAACUUAUCAAAAAGAUGAGGAUGUCUACAUUGUCUGGGGAGAGGGCAGACCUCUCGGUGCUUUUCCACCACGCCAGUGGAUCACCAUGCCAGUGGAUCACCAUGCCAGUGGAUCACCAUGCCAGUGGAUCACCAUCCAGUGGAUCACCAUGCCAGUGGAUCACCAUGCCAUGGAUCACCAUGCCAGUGGAUCACCAUGCCAGUGGAUCACCAUCCCAGUGGAUCACCAUCCAGUGGAUCACCAUGCCAGUGGAUCGCCAUGCCAGUGGAUCACCAUCCAGUGGAACGCCAUGCCAGUGGAUCACCAUCCAGUGGAUCACCAUGCCAGUGGAUCACCAUCCAGUGGAUCACCAUGCCAGUGGAUCACCAUCCCAGUGGAUCGCCAUGCCAGUGGAUCACCAUGCCAGUGGAUCACCAUCCAGUGGAUCACCAUGCCAGUGGAACACCAUCCAGUGGAUCACCAUGCCAGUGGAACACCAUCCAGUGGAUCACCAUCCAGUGGAACACCAUCCAGUGGAACACCAUCCAGUGGAUCACCAUCCAGUGGAUCACCAUCCAGUGGAACACCAUCCAGUGGAUCACCAUCCAGUGGAUCACCAUCCAGUGGAACACCAUCCAGUGGAACACCAUCCAGUGGAACACCAUCCAGUGGAACACCAUCCAGUGGAUCACCAUCCAGUGGAUCACCAUCCAGUGGAACACCAUCCAGUGGAUCACCAUCCAGUGGAACACCAUCCAGUGGAACACCAUCCAGUGGAACACCAUCCAGUGGAUCACCAUCCAGUGGAACACCAUCCAGUGGAUCACCAUCCAGUGGAACACCAUCCAGUGGAAUGCCGCCUGCUGCCUUGUAGGAUGCCACCUCCUCUUCGAUGGUGUUGGCAAACGUCUUGCCUGUGUCCUUGCUCAAAAAGGUCUCCCCGAAAAGCUCCUUCAUGGCAAAAUGAUUUUGUGGAGGAGAUGCCUCUGA